GGAUUACAAGGCAGUAUACGUAAAUAAAUAAAUAAUUAACAUUUUCUACAGAAGAACAUGCAAAGUUACGAAAAGACGCGCCAAGUGAGCUGUAAUUAUAAGACUAAUCUUAGAUUAACAUGGUCAUCUACCAUUUUUUGGUAAACGUCAUCUACCAUUUUGCCUCUAUAUAUAUUUUAAAGGGGACUCAAGUCAGUCAUUCUCUCACUUAGCUCAAUAGAAAAAAAAGAUGGAGAGAGAGGGAAGAAGAGAAGAUGGAGUUUCUUAUUAUCUCUGGAUCCCUUUUAAGUUCAUUCACCAAACUCUCCGAUCUCUCGUACUCAAGCUUUUCGGUCGUUCUCCUUCUCACCAUACAGCUUGUCUGGAGGAGGAAGAAGUUGAGAUUGUGCAAGUGACGUCGAGGGGACUUCCGAGGAAACCACCAAAGAAGCUGCAGCAGAAGCCGAGAGACAGUUCCGGCAAGCCGGGAAGGAUCAACAAGAAGCCUCGCUAAGUAUAAUAAUUUACGGAUAAAUUAUUUACAUUUUCUUCUAAUAAGUGUAAGGAUAUGUUUUAGUGGUAAUUCUUGAAGAUUGUAAGUUCUCCAGAGUCCUUUUUAUUUCAUAAAACAUAAUAAAUAAAUAAAUAAAUAAAACAAUGUGAAUAAACAAAUUGCAUCUAUAA